AGGCAGAAGCCAAGAAGUCUCUGUUUUCACGUCUGCCUAACCUAGUCGCGGUUGGCAGUCACUCUGCUUGUCAAGUGAAAGGAAGUGGACGGCGGUGGCAGAACCGUAUCUGAAUAUCAAUGUAGAACUGGAGCACAACAUAUCCGGAGCUUACCGGGGAUAAAAGAAGAAGUGGGGUCACAAUUACAAUAUAUUGCCCACACAUUGCAAGGGUGAAGAAGACAACGUGAAUUGUUUGACUUCAAGCGGUGACUAUUGGGAUAGUUUGACACCAGGAGAAUGUCUCCGACUUUUUCCCGAUGUAUGAUACUGGACUCGUUUGCCAGCAUUCAUGGCUAUGACCAUCUCUAACGGCAGAAGACCACGGAGAACUUUCUUUUGUUUGGCUCGUUAAUGCGGUUUUUUGAAAUGCACCAUAUCGUUUGUGGGCUACCAACCAGUCUUUGGAUUAACUACUGACUAUGGCGCAGCGCAUUGGACACACUCCAGAGAAAAUGCUGGCCUGCAUCGUUCUGCUAUGCUCCGGUUUUGCCAUCGCAAGCUUUCAAGAAGUCGGGACCUCUGUAACCAUGACGGGGGGAUCCUGCGACUCGCUGUGUUUCUGCGAGGAACGAGACGGCUUUUUGUACAUGAAUUGCGAGAAGCGGAACAUCAGCAGCAUAUCGCAAAUCAAAAUGCCAUCAUCAUCCACCCUGCCUUUCCAUUUGAACCUGUACAAGAACGACCUGGUGGAAUUGCUGGCGGAGGACCUGGAGAGCUUCAAGAACGCUGUCACUUUGCAUCUGGGCGGUAACAGCAUCCAGGAGCUGGAGCCAGGGGUCUUCUCUGCUCUCGGCUCUCUCAAGAAGCUCCACAUCAACAGUAAUUUCCUGGUCAUGCUGAAAGAAGACACCUUUCAGGGCCUGCAGAAUUUGGAGUACCUGCAGGCAGACACAAACUUCAUCCGAAUCGUGGAGCCAGGGGCCUUCAGCAAACUCGUCCGCCUCAAAGUUCUGAUCCUGAACGACAACGCCAUCGAGUUCCUCCCCACCAACAUUUUCCGCUUCGUGCCCCUCACCCACCUGGAUCUCCGCGGCAACCAGCUGCAGACGUUGCCCUACGUGGGCUUCCUUGAGCACAUAGGGCGCAUCAUGGAGCUUCUGCUCGAGGACAACAGCUGGGUGUGCGACUGCGAGAUCCUCUACUUGAAAAUAUGGAUUGAGAACAUGCGGUCGCAGUCGUCCAUCAGCGAGGUGGUGUGCAGCGACCCUCUCCAUCUCCGCGGCAACAUUUUGACAAAGAUCAAACGUGACGUGCUGUGCCCGUCCCACGCAGACAUCAACCUCGAAGAGCCGUCCAAGUCGCUUGACAUGGUUGUGACACCGUCGUCUAAAGUUGCCCAAAUACCCGAGGCCAAAGAUGACGCAAAGAUUCCAACACCAGCUCAAGUUCCCGAGAGCGAGUCUUGCAACCCACAGUGCUCCUGUCACAAUCAUCCCAUCUCUGGCUUUCUGAUCCACUGUCAAGACAGAGGAAUUCAAAGGAUAUCUGAUCUCGGGAUACUUCAACAAAGCCCUACCAAACUUGUUCUGACUGGAAACAUGAUACAGAGACUCUUGAAGUACGACUUUGUAACAUACGAUAGCCUGGAGUUGUUAAACUUGGCAAACAACCAGAUUGACUAUGUGGAGAAUGAGACGUUUCUCAGCCUGAGUAACUUAAGGAAAUUGUAUCUGAAUGGCAACAGAAUAGAGAAGCUGUCUCCAAACAUGUUUGUGGGCCUUCACAACCUCGAGUACCUUUAUUUGGAAUACAAUUUAAUCAAAGACAUUCAACCGGGCACGUUCAACCCGUUGCCAAAUAUGAAACUCCUGUCAAUCAACAACAACAUGUUAAGCACACUUCCGGCGCAGAUAUUCCGCAACGUGGCCCUGACUAAACUAAACCUCCGGAAAAACCUUUUCAUGCACCUGCCCGUGAGCAACGUCCUCGACCAGCUCGAGUCCCUCGAGCAGAUAUACCUGGAGGACAACCCGUGGGACUGCACCUGCGACCUAGUCAGCCUCAAGCAGUGGGUGGAGAAGCUGGACAAGGACACGGUCAUGGGCACCAUCCUGUGCCACACGCCCAAAAAGGUGGACAAAGCGGAGCUGAGGACCUUGCGGACGGAGGUCCUCUGCCCCGGCCUGGUCACCUACUACUCUCUGCUGCCCACGGACAUCGACGGCAUCCCAGCGACCACAGUCCCGCUCGGCCAGGGCCAGGACCAGGGCUUCCUGAACUCGCUAAUGGGCACCGUGCCGCUCUCCGUGCUGAUCCUGAGCCUUCUCGUCCUAUUCCUGACAGUCAUAUUCUGUGCCGCCGGCGUGGCCGUGUUCGUGCUGCACCGCCGCCGCCGGCGGAACAAGAAGAAGCAGGCCGAGGAGCAGCCGCGGGAGAGCAGCCCCAUCCAUCUGCACUACAGCAUGUACGGCCAGAAGACCACCCACCACCACGUGGCACAGCGACACAGCACGGGGAUGUACGACGAGACCACGCACCAGAGCCCCGUCAUCCAGGUGUGCCGCAACCCCACCUACUGCGCCCAGCACAAGGACAUGGAGUCGGAGCACGAGUACGACCCGGACGACCCGGCCAAGCAGCACCACAUGUGUCACAGCAUCCUGGACAAAGACAGCCACAUGCCCCCCGCCAUUGCCGUGGGGCAUCCCGGCAUGAAGUUCAGAGCUGUGACGACAGCAGGGGACUACCCUGGGGACUUUGUGACACUGGGGGACACGGGCACACUGUAUAAGAACAUGCUGGAGAGGGACCGGGAGCUUCAGCAGCUUAGCAUCACGGAGUACCUCAGGAAGAACAUAUCGCAGCUGCAGCCAGGGGUUGGGGUGGGGGUGGGGGUGGACUUGCAGGUCCCCCCUGGCCACCACCACAAAGAGCUAAAGCUCAUGGAGACUCUCAUGUAUACGCGGCCUACUAGAAAGGUCAUGGUGGAGCAGACUAAGAACGAGUACUUUGAGCUCAAGGCCAACCUCCACGCAGAGCCAGACUACUUGGAGGUGCUGGAGCAUCAGGCAGCUUUUAAGUGAGCUUUUAAUAACUACAAAGAAAUAAGAGAAAGAAUAUAUCAGUGAAUUCAGGUAAAUUGGGCCACUUUUUUGCAUAUAAGUGAAUGGCCAAAAGUGGCCCAACUUACCUGAAUUCAGCUACUAUGUAAAAGACUUUAUUUGAAUUUCUUCUUUUCACGUGUUUAACACUUACAAGUGCCUUUUCUAAAUUAUUCUGUGGGUGAGCUGUAUGAGCUGUACUACCUGAAAGAUCUUGACUUUUUUUCCCACUGUUUGUUUUUUGGCUUGGCAAUACCUGCCUCCCAACCCCUUGGCGUUGGCAGGCCCAGUAUUGAAUUUAUUGCUGUUCUCCUCCAGAGAGUCCAUCGGUCCCGAGGGGACGCUGAGUCCUACUACCUGUCUUUGGUAGCUAAGCAAAUAGACACUUGGUGUCAUCAUAUUAAGGGUUUUUUUUGGCAACAAUGUCCAUUUUGUCCAUGCAGUCUUGCCUGUUCCGGUACUCCAUGACAUGUUCUAUAACUUUUGCCAUAAUGUGCCCUGUGCCAUGGUUCAUUGAAAGCCAGCCUUUAUGCUGAUGUGAAAUCUCAACGGUUACUUUUGAACUCCAUUUUUGCUUUAUUCAUGUAUUCAUGAGUAUGUUUAUUUGUUUUCACCUUAUAGGUUAUUUUUGUUUCGCUUUUAUUCUUAGUGGUUGGUCUGUGAAAUCUAUUUAUUUUUCAAUAACAGCUCUGUCUCUGAGAGAGGAAAAAGCACUUAUUUUAUAAUGAGAUUCAGAUUUUUUUUCUAACAGCUAUCUGUAAUUAUAAUAAGUACACUACAACUGAGAAAUGUCAUUUUAAAGACGGUGCAUGACAAUCAAAUGUGCUAUGAAAAAAAAAUGUCAGUCCUCCUCCAUUUGAAAUAGACCUUUGGGGGAUGGUGGUUGGUUUGUAUGAUAAUGCCUAUUAUGAUGAUUGAUUUUACAUAAUACAAAUGCUAUAUUACAGAUCUCCCACAGCAUGGAUCUGGUUUGGGAUCUAUUUUCACAUCAUUGUUUUUGGUUGAAAAGAAAAGGAAAAACAAAAUAAGUAUAUUCAGCCUUGAAAAUGUUGUACUGUACAUGUUAAGAGCACCAUAGCUUUAUUUUAUACAAGUGUAGAUUGAAAAAAGAAAAACUAUUUAUUCUGUACAUACUUGUACAUAUGAUCACAUUUAUAUGUCUGUGUGCCUUUAACGUGGUACAAUUCCUGAGAAACUGUAAAUAAA